AUGAGAGAUCGACUAAUAGACAACAACGAGGAUAAGCUGCACAACCACAGUGCAAUGGAUUCCCGUGAUGAAGCUGAGGCUCGACAAAAGGUUCGAGAAAUGAUGGCACAACCUCCUCAGCAAAGGCCUCCAGAUUUUACGAACCCAUUGGAGAAAAUAGAACAAUUGUUGACUUGCCCGAUCUGCUUAGAUCGUUAUAAACAACCUAAACUAUUGCCAUGUCAACACACCUUCUGUUAUCCUUGUUUGGAAAGUUGUGCAGAUUCAUUAUUACGAUCAUUGAAGUGUCCGGAAUGUCGGGCAGAACACAAUAUUCCCUAUGAAGGUGUGAAAGCUUUCCAGACAAAUUACACAUUAACGGGUUUUCUUGAUAUACAUCUUCAAGCAACUCCAGAUACUGCAGCUGAAAUUGAAGAAUAUGUUCAUAGAUAUAAUUUGGAACGAUGUAAAGUUUGUGAUGAGAAAGCUGAUUGUGAAGUAUGUGCUCACUGUGAUCGAAAGGCAUGCAAAGAAUGCCGUCAAACACAUAUGGAAAUGCUGAAGCGGGAUAUGUCUCGUCUUCUGAAUCAGGUUCGACGUCUUUCAAAUAGAAUCAAUGAGGCUUCUGAUGGCUUACAAAAGAGCUUAGAACUGUUAACAUUGAACUGUGAAACUACAAAAGAUGAAGUAAAAGAAUAUUUCCAUCGAUACUAUCGAGAUCUUAAGAAACGAGAGGAAGCUUUCAUUUAUGAAGUGGAGAUGUUUCAUUCAAAUGAGAGCCGAUUAAUGAGCAACCUCAAGGAUGUUCUAGAGAUUGAAUCAACAAACAUGGGAGAUGCAGUUAAUCGAUUAGAUUCAGCUAUCAAGGGGGAAUGUCAAAUCGAUGAUACUGAAUUAGUUCGACUGAAAAACAUAUUCAGUGAAGGCAUUGAGUAUUUACGCAACUUCCAGCCUGAUGCUGACGAGCUGUUCAGUAGAAAAGUUCGAUUUUCACCCGGUGAUGACGCAGCUAAGCUUCCUCAAGCUAUUUCGACAGCUGGAGAGUUAUGUGUUUUGACUCCUCAAUUCUCUGGAAGAUAUUUGCCACUUGAACAGUCAUAUUUACCAAGACCAUUCCGUUUACCGUUGGAAAGUGAUCACCAUCGAGGACGUGACGAGAGAUCAUCCGAUAGACCAUCUUCAAGAUUAAGUCACCGAGACACCGAUGAGAGUUCCAUACGGUAUCGGCGACGCCAGCAGCUUGAAGAUGAAGCUUGGAAUCGCUUGCGACCACCAAGUAUGACAGAGCAGCGUGAAGAACGUCCUGUCAGAAGUCCAUGGUUUAGACCUCCUGAAACGUCAUCUUUGAACGCUGCUCCAGAAUCUAUGGUUUCCAGUGCUCCAGCUAGUUCUUCUCAAUCCAGUAGCAGUUCUAAUAACACACCAUCAUCUUUAUCCCCUCCGAAGCCAAAGGAGACGCUUCAUAACCUACCACCACGUCCCGAAAAGUCUCCUAUUCCUAAAACAAAUGGAAAUAACGAGCAUAAAUCGAAUUCAACACUGUCAACAGCGAAGGCUUCAACAGCUUCUGCUAAUAAGGAAGAAGAUAAAGACGAAAUAAGAAAUAAGAAUCUCCGAAAACCACCUCUACUUCCCCGUCAGCAGUCGAGCAACGAUGAUUCACUGAACGAAAAAGUUGAAAUUAUAAAACGUGCUCAUGCCGAACGGCAAGCUGUAGCAGCCGCUGUAGGUGGCUCACGUGCCCCUUCCAGAGCUGCCUCUUCUGAUGAAUCAGAAGGUGAAGAAGCUCCAAUGAGAUUAAUGAGUGCCGGCGGACGGCAAAGACUACGCAUAGUAUGUAGAGCAGCUAGUCAGACACGCGACGAAGACGAAGGCACGCCUAUUCCUGUCACACAUUUCAUAGGUGAGCAUGAGCUAGCAGCUACAUCGGCUACUGGCACAGGCGCUGGUAGUUUCGUGAACGAUCCAGAUGCGCUGCCGAUAGUCCCAGCUUGGUUAGCUCGGCGUCGCCAGCGUUUCCAACGUUCACGAACUAAUCCUGACCUGGCUAACCAGUUCUGCUCUCAGAGAGUUCAACAACUACUCCAGGAACGUAGUUCCCGUUUAGAUAGUUCGACAACCAGUGAGGAGGAACGACAACGCUUACGUCGCCGGAGUGCAUCCCGUGAUUUAGGAGAAUGGAGAUCACGUGGUCGUCCUCGUCAAAUCUUUGGAAGAAAAGGUGCCAAAGAGGGUGAGUUGAAUUGGCCUCGCGGACUGUGUAGUCUAGCAGCUGGACAAAUCGCUGUUUGUGAUUCAAGCAAUCACCGUGUCUCAAUAUAUGAGCGCGAUGGUCGUCAUGUCCGAUCUUUCGGAGGCUACGGUGCCGGCGAAGGCCAACUCGACUCAGCCGCUGGCAUUGCUUUUGGAAAGCAACGGUUAAUUGUCUCUGACCGGUACAAUCAUCGGGUUUGCUUUUUUGAUUUGGAUGGCAACUUCCUCAGCUCUUUCGGAGCUCACGGACAAGGCAACGGAAAGUUCAAUAACCCAUGGGGUGUAGCCAUUGAUGAUCUUGGUACCGUCUAUGUUGUUGAUAAGGAUAACCAUCGAGUGCAAAUGUUCGAUAAGAAUGGUCAAUUUGUUGGUAAAUUCGGUUCCCAUGGCCAUGCAAAUGGUCAACUAAAUAAUCCAUUGUUUGUUGCUGUUAGCAAAUUGAAUCAUCAGGUGUAUGUUUCCGAUUCCAAUAAUCACCGUGUUUGUAUAUUCGAUAGCCAAGGGCAAUAUUUAGCGGAAUUCGGUACAGAAGGCUUUCACGGUGGUCAAUUUAAGUUCCCACGUGGUAUAGCAAUCGAUACUCAAGGAAACGUACUUGUAGCCGAUUCUGGCAAUAACAGAAUACAGGUUUUCUCCUCAGAUGGAGAAUUUAUUGCGACAUUCGGGUCGUGGGGAAGCGGAGCUGGUCAACUUAAGGGAGUAGAAGCUCUAUGUGUCUCCGAUGGUGCCAUUAUAGCGAGCGAUCGCGAAAAUCACCGAAUUCAAAUUUUCUAA